AUGGGUUAUGUCGAGGAUCCAGGGCAAUCAGAACAUACUCAGCUCAGCACUACACCCAGAAAACAAUCAUCGUCGCUUGUUAAUUCAAAGGAGAAGGACCAGGUACAACCCGAAUGUGGUAUACAUAAGUGCAAGCCAGACUCAAUGCAGGGCUGUGCGAAUCUUGUCUGCUUUACCGCUUGCUACAGUAUGGCAGCUUUACUCACUCAGACCUUAACUGUGUAUCUUACCUCCCAGAUCACAUCUGUUGAAAAGCAGUUCGGCUUCAGCAGUUCCCAAGUUGGAGUUAUAAUGAGUGGUAACGAUAUCGGGUUCCUUGUCACUGUUCUAUUGAUAAGCCACUUCGCAAAGAAAGCACAUAUUCCGCGUUGCCUAGGCGGCUCGACGUUUCUCUUCGGUAUAUCAGGACUCAUCUGUUGCUUAGCCUACUUUGUCGACCACACACCGAAAUACUUGCAGAAGGAAAGCUUAGAGAUGUCGGCCAAUGACACACCAGCCAUUCUUCAGAAACAUGACAUGGAAACCCUACUGUGCAAUACAACAGCCGACCUUGAUCAAAUCAGAAAAGAAUCGGAAUGCACAGAGAAGUCUGUGCAGAUUCAGGCUGACCAGACAAAGAUCGCUUUUGUUAUGUUCAUGAUUGGUAUGUUGGUACAAGGUGUUGCAAAAUCACCUCGCACCUCUUUGUUAACUGCUUAUGUUGACAAUAACGUAGCGGAAAAGACAAAGACAGGAAUCUACAUGGGUAAGUAG